UUUAUCAGUGUCAGAGAAAAUAAUAAUGGAGCUCAAAAUACUGCAAUUGCUACUGUUUCUGUGCAUGAAAUUAUCGGUUUCUGUAGUUGGGGCCGCUGCUGAAGUUAGGUGCAUAGAGAGGGAGAAACAAGCUCUUCUCAAGUUUUCAGGUGAAAUUAGUGGGCUAACGUGGGGAAGUGAAGAUGAUAAAGGGGAAUGUUGCGAUUGGCAUGGUGUGAGAUGUACCAAAACUGGUCACAUAUUCUCCCUCGAUCUAUCUAAUAGGCAUUUAAGAGGUAAGAUAAGUCCCUCAUUGCAAGAGUUGCAGCACUUGGAGUCUUUGACCCUCCAAUACAAUAAGUUGACAAUCAAUAAUCUUAAUUGGCUUUCUAAUCUUUCUUCGUUAUCUUGGCUUGACUUGAGUGGUAAUAAUCUUAGUACUAUAACCAACUGGGUACAGUCAAUAGCAAACUCUUCACUCAAGUCGUUGUACUUGUCAGGUUGUCAACUUCGCGACUCUUUGCCUGUAUUUGAUGCCUCUGCAAAUUCUUCUUUGUCCAACCUUUCUACUCUUGAUCUAUCCCACAAUGAUCUCACUUCCAUUUCCACAUUUGACUCAUUAUUUGACUUUUGCGGAAAUCUUGCUCUCUUAGACCUCUCUUAUAAUCUAUUAAACGGUCCUAUUCCAGGUAGUUUUUUGAAAUUGCAUUUUCUUGGGGAGCUUAAUUUGAAAGGUAAUCUACUCCACGGAGGGGUUCACAAACCUUUGAAUUUAAGUCAUCUGCAUUCACUAGAUAUCUCAUUCAAUAAACUGAAUGUACCGCUUCCUCAUUUAUUUGAAAACUAUCAGAGAUAAUGUCACUGGCACUACAGCGUAUAGAUUUAUCCAACAAUCAACUCAUUGGUUCCUUGCCAGACAUCAGCAGAUUUUCAUCUUUAAUGGAGUUGUACCUUAGCAACAAUCAAUUGGUUGGGGUCCAACAACAAAGCCUUGAUCAGCUUUCAAGUCUUGGAAGUUUGGACUUAUCCUACAAUCAAAUUUCAGGAUCACUGUCGGACUUUGGAGGAUUUUCGUCAUUGUACAAAUUAGAUCUAUCCGGAAAUCAAUUGAAAAAGCUUCCCAAAGCUAUGGAGCAACUUUACAGUAUCAGUUAUUUAAAUCUCUCUUCAACUUCGCUGGAAUGUACAAUCACCGAACAUCACCUUUCAAAUCUUACCCCAACUAAUAUCCCUUGAUUUAUCUUUUAACAAUGUGUCUCUCAACUUGAGCUUUGAUUGGAUCCCUACCUUUCAAUUGGAAUUUCUAUUCCUCAAUCAUUGUAAUAUGGGGCCUUAUUUUCCAAUUUGGAUUCGAAAACAAAAUUCUCUUAUGUAUCUCCAUCUCUCUUUUGCUGGUAUAUCGAACACAUUACCUAAUUGGUUGUGGAAUAUGUCUUCUAUACGACAUUUAGAUCUCUCCCAUAAUAAUAUUAGUGGUGGGAUGCCUCAUUUGUCCUCUAAGUUGAAUUCUUACGUAUCUGUAGAUUUAAGUUAUAAUAAUCUUUCAGGCCCAAUUCCAUUGUCGGUUUUUCAAUAUUCAGAAACGUUGAUACUUUCCGAAAACCUGUUAUCGGGAUCCAUAUUCAACUUAUGCACAAUUUCUGAGAACUCCUUCAUUACCACCCUUAUUCUUUCGAAUAAUCAAUUAGACGGAGAGCUUCCUGAUUGCUGGAUGAACUUACAUAUCCUAAGAACUCUCAAUUUGGCGAAUAAUAAGUUCUCAGGUAAACUUCCCCCUUCAUUAGGCUCUCUGAAGUGGCUUGCAAUAUUGCAUUUGGGCAACAAUAAUUUCACUGGUGAAUUGCCUUCCUCUUUGAAGAAUUGCACAAUGUUGAGAAAGCUAGAUGUGGGUGGAAACAAGUUAACAGGUACAAUUCCAUCGUGGAUAGGAACACACCUAACAGAUUUGGCGGUCCUUAGCCUUCGAUAUAAUAGUUUUCAUGGAUCCAUUCCUCCAAAAAUUUGUUACCUUAUCAAUAUUCUUGUCUUGGACCUUUCUAGGAACAACAUUUCGGGAAAAAUUCCACGAUGCUUAAACAAUUUUACGUUUUUGGUCCGGAAUGAUGGUUCAUCAGUUCUCGAAGCUAAUAGCACGUUUGAAUAUUGGGAACCAUUGGAUGAAGAUGACAAUGCUUUAGUUCAAUGGAAAAGACAAGAGUCGGAAUAUAAAAGACUAAGAGAUUUGAAAGGCAUUGAUCUCUCUAGCAAUAAGUUAGUUGGAACUAUUCCUCAAGCAUUUUUUGAUUUGAGAGGUUUAGUUUUCAUCAACUUAUCAAGAAACCUUUUAACAGGGAAUAUCAUUUCAAGCAUUGGUCAAUUGGACACACUGGAAUGGCUUGACCUGUCUAGGAACCAACUUUCUGGGGAGAUUCCGAAUAGCCUUGCGAAUUUACAUUUUCUCAGUGUUUUGGACUUAUCAUACAAUAAUUUGACGGGCAAGAUUCCACUAGGCACUCAACUACAGAGCUUCGACUCAUCGACGUACAUUGGGAAUAGUCAACUCUGUGGAGAUCCAUUGGCUGAGUGUCCUCCUGAUCCUUCGGUGAAUGAUCAUGGCAAGGCAAAUGUUGUUAAAGAAGAUGAUAGGUUUAUAAAUCGAGAUUUCUUUAUCUGCAUGGUAUUUGGUUUCAUCACUGGGUUCUGGAUAGUUGUUGGUACUUUAGUCCUCAAGCAUUCGUGGAGGCAUUCCUACUUCAAAUUUUUGAAUGAUAUUGGAGAUUGGAUGUACGUGAGAACAACAAUGUACGUGAGAAGAUUCAAGAGAAAAUUUAUGUCCUAAAGGUACCCCUUUUUGGAAAAAAUGGAUGGCUGGAGUAGUGCAUGGGUUAUGAGCGAUGUUGUUCUUUAAUUUAAUUGACAAUGUUACCAUAUUUUCUAUAUAUUUGCAGAAAUAAAAUCAGUUUGUGAGUUACCAGU